AUGAAAAAUGAAAAUGGGCCGCGACGGCGGACCAUCAAGGAGAGCGUCAAAAAGAAAAGGUCCGCCAAAGAAGUCCAAGGAUCAGAGGAUAAAAGCAGCAUCGUAAAUUUCUACAUGGAUAUGUGUCAAAGAGAAGAAGACUUGAUCGAACUCAUGGAGCAGAGCGAGUCUUCCAACAAGGAGCCUGACAUACAUAUCUAUGGAAAACAAGGUGAAAACUAUCGUCUGCUACGAGAGCUGCCGUUACUCAACUCCCAGGACAUGGACAAUCCUUAUGACUACUCGAAAAUAACGGACGUAAAAGAGCUAAAGGAGCGAAUGGAAGCUGCCGUACCCAAGAUGGUGGUGGAGAUUUCAAAGCGUCUGUGUAAACUAAAAUGGAUGCCUCAAGAAGAAGAGUGCUACACUGAGUUUGGUCCGUGGAAGCGGCCGUCUAAUUUCGACCCGCCGGUCGUGCUGAUUCCGAAAAAGCGUCGACCAAAGCCGAACCCGCCAAACCAGACGGCGGCGAAUCGAUCGCGCAAAUUCUCAGAAUCAAAGACGAAAAAUCGAACAGCUUCAGCAAAGAUACCACACAGCAAUGAUAAGCAAAAAGUAAUUCCCGACAUAACACAGCAUAAACAAUUCUCGGCUCCAGUGGAUCCUAUCGAACUCAAGAAACGCCUUUCCGAUCUUCUGAUGCAGCGCUCGUCAAAAGGAGAGCAGCACGCAAUGCCGCUGAACAGGAUCAUAAUGAAGCCAUUGAAUAUGAAAAAGCUAAUAUGCAAUAACGAUCGCCUCCAACUCUCACCAGGGAAACUUAACUCGCCGAGAAUACAAGUAUCAAAACAAUCGCCACGGCAAUCGCACACAAGCAAAGAGAUCCACUCCAAGCCACGUUUGGGUCAGAACAAAUACAAAGUCUUGGCGAAUCUUACGCGAAGAACGUAUUAA